AUGUCACAAAAAGGUAGUGAUCACGCAGCGUUUGGUUUAGGAAAAUCUGACCAUACAGAUGAAAUAAAAAUAUAUGAAAGUGGCAGGUAUAUCAGUAGUUCCGAAGCAGCUUGGAAAAUUUUAGGUUUUUAUAUACACGAUAGGUAUCCAGCUAUCAUUCAUCUUGAUGUUCACCUAGAAAAUGGACAACGUGUCUACUUCACAGCAAAUAAUGUUGCCGAAAGAAUAGAAAAUCCACCAACAACAACUCUUCAGGCUUUUUUCCAGAUAUGUCAAACCGAUAAUUUUGCAAGAACAUUGCUUUAUCCACAAGUUGCUUCGUAUUAUGUGUGGAAAAAUAAGAAUUUUGUUAGACGUAAACAAGGCCAGAAUGUCGAAGGUUGGCCAGGAGUUAAGAAAGAUACAGCUUUGGGUAGAGUUUAUACAAUCCACCCAAACAAUGUUGAAUGUUACCAUCUUCGUCUUCUUCUUCAUUACGUAAAAGGUCCAACAUCGUAUUCAUUUUUGAAGAUUGUGAACAAUAUCGAGUAUCCGACAUUCCAGGCCACAUGUAAAGCACUUGGAUUAUUAGAAGAUGACAAUCAGUGGGAUUUUGCUUUAGAAGAAGCAGCAUUAUGUCGUUCACCUAAUAAAAUGCGAGAACUUUUCAGUGUAAUAUUAAUAUUUUGCCAUCCCUCAGAUGCUUCAAGUCUUUGGACUAAGUAUAAGGACGAUUUUUCAGACGAUAUUCGGCGACAAUAUUAUAGACAACAUCUAGAAAAUAAUAUAACAGACAGUGAACUUUAUAAUAAGUGUUUGGUAUUAAUUGAAGACUUUGUUUUGAAUCUAGGUGGAAAUAACUUAAAAGAAUAUGGUUUGCUAACUCCUACAAGAUCUGGUGGACUUUUAGAAAAUAGAGAAUAUUUAAAAGAAACAAGCUAUGAUUUAAAUGCUUUACAGGAAAUUGUUUUGCAGAAUGAACCCUCUUUGACUGAGGAACAGAGGUUUGUUUACAAACAAACUUUAAAUAGUAUCAAAUUAAAUUUAGGAAAAUGUAUAUUUUUAGACGCUCCUGGCGGAACUGGUAAAACUCACUUAAUCAAUAUACUUUUGGCUAAAGUAAGAAGCUCAUAUGGGAUUGCAAUUGCAGCUGCAUCAUCAGGAAUUGCUGCUACGCUUUUACAUGGAGGAAAAACUGCUCAUUCUGCUUUCAAGUUGCCACUCAAUCUGAACACCAUCGAGAUUCCAACGUGCAAUAUUAAUAAACAAUCUAAUAUGGCAAAUGUUCUGAAAAAAUGCAAGCUCAUAGUUUGGGAUGAAAGUCCAAUGUCUCAUAAGAAAGGCUUUGAAGCUUUAAACAACUGUCUGAAGGAUCUAAGAAAUUCAAAUUUAUUAAUGGGAGGAGUCACAGUACUGCUGGCUGGAGACUUUCGACAAACUCUAUCAAUCGUACCCAGAGGAACUCGAGCUAAUGAAAUCGCAGCAUGCAUCAAGUCUUCAUAUUUGUGGCCUAAAAUAGAAAAAUUUUCUUUGACCAAAAAUAUGCGAGUACAUUUAAAAGGAGACAAGACUGCUGAACAGUUUUCUGAGCUACUCUUAAAAAUAGGAGAAAGAAAAUAUCCAGAAUGUGAAGAAAAAAUUACUUUGCCGACAGGAUUAGGUACUGUUGUUAAUACUUUACAAGAACUUACAUACAAAAUAUAUCCUGGCAUCGAAAACCUCAAAGAAAUAUCAAUAGACUGGUUAUGUGAGAGGGCCAUUUUGACAUCAAAAAAUGAUACAGCAGGAGAAAUAAACAAAAUAUUAUUGGGCUCUUUUCAAGCAAAAAAAAUGGAAUACAGAUCGGUGAAUUCGGUGCUGGAAAUAGAUGAUGCAGUUAAUUAUCCCGUAGAAUUUCUCAAUUCACUCAACCCUUCUGGAUUCCCACCACAUUUAUUAACAUUAAAAAUUGGUACUCCUAUAAUGCUUCUAAGAAAUCUUAGCCCACCAAAAUUGUGCAAUGGGACUCGUCUACGUAUUACUGAUCUUCAAAAAAAUCUGAUAGAAGCUCAAAUUAUGACUGGAUUUGCAAAAGGUGAAUCAGUUUUUAUUCCUCGCAUACCAAUGAUACCAUCAGAUUAUCCAUUCCAAUUUAAGAGAAUGCAGUUUCCUGUCAAAGUAUGUUUUGCUAUGACAAUAAAUAAAUCACAAGGACAAACCUUGAAAAUUGCAGGGAUCGAUGUAAGAGAAGAUUGUUUUUCACAUGGGCAAUUUUAUGUGGCAUGCUCCAGAGUCAGUAUGCCCACAAAUUUAGUUAUUUUGGCACCAACAGGAAAAACAUCAAAUGUGGUUUAUAGAGAAAUUUUGUAA